GCGGCAGCCGGGCGAGGGAGGGGAGAGGCGGCCAUUUUGUUCGGCGCUGCCGCCGCUGGGGCCGUGGGUGUUUCUGCUGCUCCUCCUUUGCUGAGGCGGCCGGGCGAGGGAAAGCGGCGGAGAAGCCGGGAAGGCGGGAGAGCGGGACGCCGGCUCGGGAGCGGGGGAGCCGCGGAGGUCCAGCGGGCGGGCUCGGCUCCCUCCCCUCCCCGGCCGCUGAGAGGCGAUGGCGGAUAUUGACAAGCUCAACAUCGACAGCAUCAUCCAACGGCUGCUGGAGGUGAGAGGAUCAAAACCGGGUAAAAAUGUCCAGCUUCAAGAGAAUGAAAUAAGAGGAUUAUGCUUGAAAUCACGAGAGAUCUUCCUCAGCCAGCCCAUUCUUUUGGAACUUGAAGCCCCACUUAAAAUAUGUGGUGACAUCCACGGGCAAUAUUAUGACUUGCUUCGACUCUUUGAAUAUGGAGGCUUUCCACCAGAAAGCAACUAUCUCUUCCUUGGUGACUAUGUUGAUAGAGGGAAGCAGUCUUUAGAAACCAUUUGCCUAUUACUGGCUUACAAGAUAAAAUAUCCAGAGAAUUUUUUCCUCCUCAGAGGGAACCAUGAAUGUGCCAGCAUUAAUAGAAUUUAUGGCUUCUAUGAUGAAUGUAAAAGAAGAUACAAUAUAAAGCUGUGGAAAACCUUUACAGACUGCUUUAAUUGCCUACCAAUUGCAGCCAUUGUGGAUGAGAAAAUAUUUUGCUGUCAUGGAGGCUUAUCUCCAGAUCUCCAAUCAAUGGAGCAGAUUCGACGAAUUAUGCGCCCCACAGAUGUGCCAGAUCAGGGCCUCCUUUGUGAUCUGCUGUGGUCUGACCCUGACAAGGAUGUCUUGGGAUGGGGUGAAAAUGACAGAGGCGUCUCUUUCACAUUUGGUGCUGAAGUGGUGGCAAAGUUCCUUCACAAACAUGACCUGGAUCUUAUAUGUAGAGCUCACCAGGUGGUUGAAGAUGGGUACGAGUUCUUUGCUAAAAGGCAACUGGUGACUCUGUUUUCUGCCCCCAAUUACUGUGGGGAGUUUGACAACGCAGGCGCCAUGAUGAGUGUGGAUGAGACGCUGAUGUGUUCCUUUCAGAUCUUGAAGCCUGCUGAGAAGAAGAAGCCCAAUGCUAGCCGACCCGUAACGCCACCCAGGGGUAUGAUCACAAAACAAGCAAAGAAAUAAUUAUCUUGGCACUGCCUAGUUGGGACUUGUAUCAUAGUAUAUAAUCUCCAUUUUUUAAAAAAAAUACGGUAACUUGUAUCGGUCAGCUUGCUAAGACUAGAUUAAAGUGUUUGUGUUUUUGUUUUUUCAUUUUUGAUGGAUGGCAUUUGCUGGUUGUAACAGCAAAUGAGACUUUCUCCCUUCUCAAGAAGAGUUUUAAGAAUUCUGUAUUCCUUUGGCGAGAGCCUCCCUUUCCCACCCACCCCUUCCUUGUUGGUGUUCCAGCUGUACACUCCACAGCAACGUCUCCUGUCAUUCCGGGCAUUGUACAACUGACUCCUUUGAACCUGCACACACCGGGUGGGGUGUGAGCCCUGCGUUUCUUUUAGGACCUAAAGAGGUACUAGCGUGCUACAGAGCUAGGAAACUUGUUACUGUCAAACUACAUACUGUUUAUCCAAACCACUGUGAACGUCUUUAAAACAGUUUUAAAAAAAAUAAAGGGAUUGCUUUUUUUUUCUUGUCACGUACACACGAGUGACGUUGUUGCUCUCAGCGUUUCUGAAACCAUCCUCGACCUUUGCCAGUAUCGCUGGUAUGUGUACAUACAUUUUAAUUCAAGCACACUUUCCCUUCCAUAUACUUCAAAAGAUAUCUGAAGCCAUUAUUUUAAAGGUUUGUUUGUCUCUUCAUGAAGCCAAAGCAUGAAGGAAACUUGGCGGCCUGGAGCAGAGAUGCAUUGGUGGUGUCUAAGUCAGGUUUUUUCCCCUUGCAGAUCAAAGGAAGACUUGAACUAGGAAAAAGUAAUGUUCUGUAUCAACGGGGGUGCAGGAUUAAAGCAUUUUGAUACACUUCCUGUGUUCAGUGUUGAAGCUUGCUACUGUAGCCAGUUCAGAAAGCGGGAACCUGUGGAGAGCUGCUCAGAGACUUGCCUGAGAAUUAGAAUACAUUAGGGGUUGUGUGUGUUUUUUUUGUUUCGUUUUCUCUUGUGCACCCGAAGACUUGCUCAACAAAGCUUAGAAAACAGCCAGCUGCAACAGUGAACACUGUUCACCUGUUCCUGUGAUCUCACACAGUAUCUUGGUUUUUUAAAACUGUAAUCUUUUUUGAACAGAUGACAGUGUACAAUACAUUGUGGUAAAUGCUUAUUAAAUGAACUUGUUAAAUCUU